UCGUCAUUCGUCACUCGUCAGUAAGCUUGGUAGUCAGUGACGUUCUUGCUGAUAAUUCGUUUAUCCUUUAAUUAAAAAAUUAUAGGAUAAAUCAUAAAGAAGACUAUGUGAAACAUUUAUUUAAAACUGCAACAUGCUAAUAAGAAACGUGUCUCGAGUUGUGAAGUAUGGACUGUAUGGGAGUGUAGCCAUAGGCAGCGGAGCUUUUGUUACAUCAGUGUAUUCGGACGGUGAUUAUGAUUCCCUUGCUAUUGUGCGACAUACUAGGGCAGCACGUACCGCAUUAGAUAUAGGAAGGAUAUACAAAUCUAUGCUUUACAAUCAAGAAUGGGACAAGGAAUCUAAAGAGUACUUGCAAGUAAAAAGCGAUGCUCAUAAAGCAGGAGCCGAGAAACUGCUUGAAUUAUGUAAAACUAAUAAAGGUGUGUACAUUAAAGUUGGGCAGCACGUCGGUGCCCUCGAUUAUUUGUUGCCCACUGAAUAUGUAACAACAAUGAGGGUUUUACAUAAAGACGCACCUAGGAAUACUGUAGAAGAAUUGUAUAAAGUGAUUAAAGAUGAAUUAAAAAAGGAUCCCUCAGAGUUAUUUGUGGAAUUUGAUCCUGAGCCUUUAGGUACAGCAUCUCUUGCACAAGUCCACAGAGCGAAAUUAAAAGAUGGCAGGGAAGUGGCGGUAAAAGUCCAACACCAUUAUGUACGAAAAAACAUAUCUAUUGACUUAACUUGGAUGGAGUUUCUCAUUAACGUCAUGUCGAGGGUAUUCCCCGACUUUCAAAUGGAUUGGCUUGUUGAGGAAACAAAGAAAAAUAUAGCAAAAGAGUUGAAUUUCUUAGAAGAAGGUAGAAAUUCAGAGAAGGUUGCGGAGUUAUUUAAAAAUUACACAUGGUUGAAAGUGCCAAAGAUUUUUUGGGAUUACUGCUCAGAACGGGUGCUUGUUAUGGAGUAUGUGACGGGGGGUCAAGUUAAUGACACUAAAUAUAUUGAUAGUCAUGGCAUUAGCAGAACAGAUUUGUGCACAAAGCUAGGCGAUCUGUAUUCACAUAUGAUAUUUGUCACUGGUUUUGUACACAGCGACCCCCAUCCAGGUAAUAUCAUAGUGAGAAAAGAUCCUGGUGAUAAAGAUGUUACGGUUUACCUUUUGGAUCAUGGGCUGUAUGCGCAAUUAUCAGAGAAAUUCCGCUACAACUAUUCCAAAUUAUGGCUAUCGAUAAUAGCUAGAGAUAAAGAGGGAAUUAAAUGCUAUUCAAAGAAUCUUGGUAUAGAGGAGGAUCUCUACGGCUUAUUUGCUUGCAUGGUGACUGGGAGACCAUGGGACGUUAUUAUGAAAGGAAUUGAUGUUACUAAACCAUCAUCUGGAGAGAAAUCAACAUUCCAAAAUGAAUUACCGAAUUUCCUGCACCACGUCACACAUUGUUUGCAACAUGUGGAUAGACAAGCGUUGUUGGUUAUGAAGACAAACGACCUCAUAAGGAGUAUUGAGUAUACGUUGAGCGUACAGGAAAAGAUGUGCGGCUUCUUAGUUAUGACCAAGUGUUGUACGGAGAGCAUAUUCAAGCUCGAAGUUAAGAACGAGCAAUCAAAAAUGAAACGACAAAUACUUAAUCUUAAGUAUGUGUGGUCACUAUUUGUUCUGUAUUUCUACGGACUGUACCUAAAUAUACGAAACAGUGUAAAUUUUAUGUAGAUAAUUGUACCAAAAAUAAGUGUAAGUUCGUGAGUAAUAGAAAACGGCUUUUCGCACUUUUAUACCUAAGUGCUUUUGAGCUUUAUUCGCAUUCACAGUUUUAUAUUCUGGCUUUAAAUGUUGUGUGAAUCAGUAGCUGUGUCACGUUAACAUCAGCGUGUGGUGUUUUUGAAAUACUCGUAAUUUUCGUCACAGGAUUUAAAAUCAAAUUAUAACAAUUGUUUGUUUAAAUUAUUUUAACAAAUCGCGAUUCUAGUAUAACGCUAAAAUGCGUAAUGUCAGAUUUUAGCUGUGUUUGAAAUUGAAUUGAACUGUAUUUAAACGCCAUAUUCACUGAAAAAUUAUAAGAAAAUCGAGUAUUCGUUUGUGUACCAUCGAUUAAAAUACUAUGUUCAAAUAAAGAUAUGAAUUUUAGUAUUGUCGUUGUCAUAGUAACGAGGUGUUUGCAAGUUUAUAAAUUUAUAACAAAUGACUGUCACGAGUCGUUACUACGACAACGGGUAUAUAAAAUUAGCACAAAAAGCGUGUGUGUAAAAGCUGUUCCGAAAUCUUAAAACCAUUGAGAAAGGUUCAAAAAGUUACAUGUUAAAGUGACUGGCUUUUCCAGAAAAAGGUUUAUCAAAGCCACUUUUUCAUUCAGGCUUCUUAUAACAUCUAUUUAUUUAUGUUUAAUAAAUGUUAGUUUUUUUAAUUAUUUUAAGAAAAGAUAUAGUAAUAACUGCAAGUUUAUAAAAACCUUGUGAUUCUUAUAUGAAACAUAUUGGUUUGUGAAGUGUUCAAUACCUAAAUUUAAAAGUGAAAGAUUAAAAAGAAAUUACCCAAUUAUAUUGCCAGUGGCGGGUAAAACGAGUGUGGAAAGCGCGGGAAAACCUAUUUAUCAUUCUUUUGCGAUAAUUAGCGUAACAUGGUGAGCUAUAUUUGAUUUACGUGUUUUGUUAUUUUUUACACUUUCUCUGGUUAAGCCAUAAACAGUGUUUAUCUUAAAUAUCUCACGUGGCUGAGUGAGAAUUGAAUUAUAUAUUUUGCUAGUCACGAUUUAUAUACCUCUUUUAUAAACGGGAACAUUUAGGGUGUAUUUAUAUGCUGUAGUCUAUUUGUAGGUAAAACAAAUUUUGUACAUACAGAUCUAACGAACACAUAUUAUAGGGGCUAUAAAGUAAGAAGAUAAUUUAUUUAUACACAAUCUUGUUGAAAAUAAAUCUUUUAUUUUUAAAA